GAAGUUGGGGCAAAGCAAUAAUUCAAUCGAAACCUAUCAGGAAUCCCUAACAAUUAAAAAAAAAAAAAAAAAUGAAAACCAUUUUUGCAAUUUUCGCCUUGUGCUUGGUGGCCGCCAAUGCUGGCGCCAUUGACAAUGCCGCCAUCAACUAUGAAGGCAUGGUCGAUGACGUCUUGGCCGAGAUGGGUCAAAUUGCAAAGGAUGCCGCCGUAGCCUUGCAACAUGGGGUUGAGGAAAUCGUCAUGGAUCCUUUGCAUCAAGUUGAAGAAGCUGUCGAAAGCAUAGAGGCCCGCCGUCCCGAAAGCGAAGAAUGUGUUGCCGCCCAGGAUGAGAAGGUUGCUGCCACCGUUGAUACCAUGCACCAAGAUAUGGGAGUUUGCGGAGUUAUUGCUGCCAAGACCUCGGCCGAAAUAAUGAGCGACAUCAGCGCUGCCACUCAACAAUUGGUUUUCGGCGGCUACGAUGUUGUUUCCACCUACAGAAGAUGCCAACGUUAUACCAACUCUGUCUUGAAGAACUCCUGCUAUGCCCGUUUGACCAUAAAGGCUACUUUGUACAUGACCAAUGCCCGCAAGUCGAUCAAGACCAUCCGCAAGAGCACCAACGAGCGCAUACCCGCUGCAAUCGCCGAUGCUGAUGCCUGCACCCACACCGCUGCCGAAGUUGCCAUUCAUGAAUUGGACAAUGUCCAUGCCACCAUUGACUCUUGCAUUGCCAAAUACUAAGUAGAGAGGCGAAGCUAUUUGGUAUAUGUGUACAUAGAAAAUAAAAUAGUAUUGGAAUAUUAACAUCUUUUAAGAACUUA